AUACAAAUAUGAGUGUCUCCGGAUCCUCCACGGUAUAUAUAACUCCAGGUCGUCAAUUGAUCUCUCUCGCUCUAACACAUUGUCUUCUUUGAGUAAUCUUUCUUAAAAAUAUCGUUGAAGAUGGCCAGGAAGUUUUUCGUCGGCGGUAACUGGAAAUGCAAUGGAACGACGGAAGAAGUGAAGAAGAUAGUUGCAACUCUCAAUGAUGGACAAGUUCCUUCAGCAGAUAUUGUGGAGGUGGUUGUCAGCCCUCCAUAUAUUUUUCUUCCUGUGGUUCAGAGUUUAUUAAAACCCGAUUUCCAUGUUGCUGCCCAGAAUUGUUGGGUUAAGAAAGGAGGUGCUUUUACUGGUGAAGUUAGCGCUGAGAUGCUUGUGAAUCUGGGUAUCCCCUGGGUUAUCCUUGGUCAUUCUGAGAGGAGAGCAUUGCUCAAUGAAUCAAAUGAAUUUGUUGGAGAUAAGGUGGCUUAUGCUCUUUCCCAAGGUCUAAAGGUCAUUGCUUGUGUUGGUGAGACACUUGAGCAGCGUGAAUCUGGAUCAACCUUGGAAGUUGUUGCUGCACAAACAAAGGCAAUUGCAGACCGCGUGACAAGCUGGGAAAACAUUGUUGUUGCCUAUGAACCUGUGUGGGCCAUUGGAACUGGAAAGGUUGCAAGUCCUGCUCAAGCUCAGGAGGUACACAAUGAAUUGAGAAAAUGGCUUCAUGCAAAUGUUAGUCCUGAUGUUGCUUCUACCACUCGCAUCAUUUAUGGAGGUUCUGUUAGCGGUGCCAACUGCAAGGAACUGGCAGGAAACCCUGAUGUGGAUGGAUUCCUGGUUGGUGGAGCUUCUCUAAAGCCGGAAUUCAUUGACAUUAUCAAGGCCGCCGAAGUGGAGAAAAAGGCUUAAGCUCAUCAUAAGCUAUAUAUAUUAUGAUGUCUUGUAGCUCAUCCCUCUUGCUAGUUUUUUCAUGAAGCUAGGAAAUGUGUACUCUUUUUUUUGUCAAAUUUCCUGAAAUUUGAGAAUAAGUUCUUAUUGCCUUUUUUCCUUUUCAAUGAGAACCCCCCCACCCACUAAAGGUAAAAAGUGCAAUGAUUCUCUUGAAUUUGAUACUUGAUGAGUUCAUUUAUGGACAAUGUUUUUAAUAAAUUUGUAGUUAUGAUUUUUAAU